CAUUUCUUGCAGAAUAUUCCUCAGAAGUUCAUGGAGUGUUUCAAGGAGAAACUCUCCCCCUGGUGUACAAUUAUAGGGCCAAGUAAACAGAAAUGGAAAAUCAGACUCUCGAGUACAUAUAAUGAAAGGCAAAUGGUGUUUUCAGAUGGGUGGAAACAGUUUGUUCGUGACAACGGAGUGGAAACAAAUGACUUCUUAGUGUUCCGUUUUGUUGGAGACUCCUCGUUUGAGGUGUCAGUGUUCGACAAGAGUGGUUGCGAGAAAGAGGGGUGUCACUUUUCCAUUAAUUCCAAUUCAAGGUCAAGAAGAACUUCUUGUACAAGUACUCUCCACAUCAACAACCAUGGUAGUGUGGUUAAAGAAGAAAUUGAGAUUUUUGACUCAUCAUCAGAGGAUAAAUCUUUGUGGGAGGAAGGCGAAGAAGAGUCUGAGGAUGUAAGCCAUGUAACGGAAGAAAAGAGGGAGAGAAGAGGAAGCUCAAGUGAAGGUAAACUUCCUCAAAGCCAAAAGUACUUCAUAUCGAAUAGGCGGGAUCUUAAACCUGGAGAAAAGCAAAGAGCUUCCAAGAUGGCUGAGAGUUAUAGGCACAACAUGAAGGAUAAUAAGAGAGUGUUACCUACGUUUCAGAUAACCAUGCUGCCUACACAUGUUUACAGGGGAUUUUAUCUGACAAUCCCAAAGGUAUGGGCAAAUAAGCAUAUGAUCAAAGAGUCUCACGAGUUGGAGCUGCGUGUCCCAGGCUCUACAAAGGGAAGUUGGAAAGUCGGAUGCAGAUGGACAAAAGGAGGAUCUAUACAAUGCCAACUUAGAUCAAAGUGGCCGGUAUUUUUGCUGGAAAACAACUUGGAGGAGUACGAUACUUGUGUAUUUGAGCUGAUUCAGAAAGGAAUUUCAGAUGAUGUUAGACCUCCCAUCUUCAAUGUCCACAUAUUUCGCACUGUUGACCACAUUGUUCCCUUGACUGUGUCUACGCGUAUGGUCUAGCUUCAAGGACAAACCAUGAGCAUUGUAUUUAUGGAUACUCUAUUGAAUUGUGUGUGUUAGAACUCGUAGAAGUCACUGAUGACUGAUCACUACUAUUAUAAAUCUAUAAGGAUUACUAAUGC